AUGACUGCCCAAAUGACCACCGAGCCCCCCAGAUGUUGCUUCUUCAACAUCAAGACAGCAACAAUCGCUUUAGGGAUCUUUCACAUGGUUAUGAGUGUUUUGCUGCUGAUUGAGUACUCCCUGGAGGUAGCGAGCGGGAAAGGCUUUUGCAAAGACCUGGACAAGGAUUACUACAGAACUGCUGAUGUCAUCACCAGUUUCCUGUUGAUCUUCAUGCUGUUUGUCAUCAGCUUCAACCUCCUCCUUGGUGUUGUGAAGAAGAGGGAACGUCUCCUGAUCCCGUUCCUUGCUCUACAAGUCAUGGACUUUCUCCUCAGCCUCCUAACAAUGUUCAGUUCCUACAUACAAGUUCCAGCGAUCAUCUCUGUGUCCUCUGUUAGCCACACACAGGGACACUCGAAGAUCCCUUUCCUGGCUCUGCAGCUACUGGAUUUCUGCCUGAGUAUUCUCACUCUCUGCAGCUCUUACAUGGAGGUCCCCACCUAUCUCAGCUUCAAGUCUGUGGACAAUGGGGGCUUUUUGCCAACCCUGCAGAAGUUACCAACAGAGGAAUAUGCCAAAGUGAUGGUCACCUUCACCAUUGCAUUCAUUGCUGUCCUCUUCCUGAAGGCCUAUAUGUUCAAAUGUGUCCUGAGCUGCUUUAAGUAUAUUAAAGCCAGCAAGAGACAGGAGGUAAAAGUCGACGCACAAGCAGUUGAAAAGGCUGAGCUGCCAUCGUAUGAGGAAGCCUUAGAGUUGUCUUCCAAGGAAUCCCCACCACCCUAUGUAGCAAUCUAAGCUUCACUGAUGGAGAGGAGAAGACAUUUGUAUUGCUGUUGGUGCCUCUUACCCCUUCUGUCAGAUAGUCAGCCUCAUUGAGAAGUCUUUACUUUAUAGCAGUAUCAUGCUUAUUACAAUCCACCUCACUUCAUGAGCCUACAAAG